AUGGAGGCUCAGUUUGAAGCCAAACUUGAGGCAAAAUUAACAGCGAAACUAGCACACUUCCAACAGCAGAUGCGCGAUGAAUUUCAGCAAUUCCUAGACAAGCGCCUGCAAGCACUCGAGGCUCGAUUCCCAACUCUCGAAGCUCAGAUCGACAGCCUCAUUGACGAACACUUCAAAAUUUUUGAGAACAAGCUAGAUACCUUCUGUACCCAGCUCAGGACACAGAUGGGCCUAAUGGUGGUGGAGGCUCUUGCAUUGCUGCCACUAUCCGUCACCAAAAGUCCCGUGAUCGGUUGCUCCCAUCACCGAUCCAAGGACUGGCUUCCUACAGAAACCUUGCACUCACCCGUCCCGGUAUUCGAGUCACCACCCCAGCUGGAAAGCGGAAGCAGCCGACAGCGCACUUGCCCUGCGGCGCCCCUACCGGAGCCAACGCUAUUCCAGCUGCCGUCAUACUCUGCCCCUGGAACCACCGGAUCGACACAAGCAUCAGCUUUGCUCGAUAAAAGGAUCGCCGCUCCCUCCCUCCCUCUCAGUGGGUCUGGCAGCACGGCAACGAUGCGGUCACCUUACGUUCAGCAUCUGCUUUUCUUGCAGGCUCUUGCAUUGCUGCCACUAUCCGUCACCAAAAGUCCCGUGAUCGGUUGCUCCCAUUACCGAUCCAAGGACUGGCUUCCUACAGAAACCUUGCACUCACCCGUCCCGGUAUUCGAGUCACCACCCCAGCUGGAAAGCGGAAGCAGCCGACAGCGCACUUGCCCUGCGGCGCCCCUACCGGAGCCAACGCUGUUCCAGCUGCCGUCAUACUCUGCCCCUGGAACCACCGGAUCGACACAAGCAUCAGCUUUGCUCGAUAAAAGGAUCGCCGCUCCCUCCCUCCCUCUCAGUGGGUCUGGCAGCACGGCAACGAUGCGGUCACCUUACGUUCAGCAUCUGCUUUUCUUGCAGCAAUUCCUAGACAAGCGCCUGCAAGCACUCGAGGCUCGAUUCCCAACUCUCGAAGCUCAGAUCGACAGCCUCAUUGACGAACACUUCAAAAUUUUUGAGAACAAGCUAGAUACCUUCUGUACCCAGCUCAGGACACAGAUGGGCCUAAUGGUGGUGGAGGCUCUUGCAUUGCUGCCACUAUCCGUCACCAAAAGUCCCGUGAUCGGUUGCUCCCAUCACCGAUCCAAGGACUGGCUUCCUACAGAAACCUUGCACUCACCCGUCCCGGUAUUCGAGUCACCACCCCAGCUGGAAAGCGGAAGCAGCCGACAGCGCACUUGCCCUGCGGCGCCCCUACCGGAGCCAACGCUAUUCCAGCUGCCGUCAUACUCUGCCCCGGGAACCACCGGAUCGACACAAGCAUCAGCUUUGCUCGAUAAAAGGAUCGCCGCUCCCUCCCUCCCUCUCAGUGGGUCUGGCAGCACGGCAACGAUGCGGUCACCUUACGUUCAGCAUCUGCUUUUCUUGCAGGCUCUUGCAUUGCUGCCACUAUCCGUCACCAAAAGUCCCGUGAUCGGUUGCUCCCAUUACCGAUCCAAGGACUGGCUUCCUACAGAAACCUUGCACUCACCCGUCCCGGUAUUCGAGUCACCACCCCAGCUGGAAAGCGGAAGCAGCCGACAGCGCACUUGCCCUGCGGCGCCCCUACCGGAGCCAACGCUGUUCCAGCUGCCGUCAUACUCUGCCCCUGGAACCACCGGAUCGACACAAGCAUCAGCUUUGCUCGAUAAAAGGAUCGCCGCUCCCUCCCUCCCUCUCAGUGGGUCUGGCAGCACGGCAACGAUGCGGUCACCUUACGUUCAGCAUCUGCUUUUCUUGCAGGCUCUUGCAUUGCUGCCACUAUCCGUCACCAAAAGUCCCGUGAUCGGUUGCUCCCAUCACCGAUCCAAGGACUGGCUUCCUACAGAAACCUUGCACUCACCCGUCCCGGUAUUCGAGUCACCACCCCAGCUGGAAAGCGGAAGCAGCCGACAGCGCACUUGCCCUGCGGCGCCCCUACCGGAGCCAACGCUAUUCCAGCUGCCGUCAUACUCUGCCCCUGGAACCACCGGAUCGACACAAGCAUCAGCUUUGCUCGAUAAAAGGAUCGCCGCUCCCUCCCUCCCUCUCAGUGGGUCUGGCAGCACGGCAAUGAUGCGGUCACCUUACGUUCAGCAUCUGCUUUUCUUGCAGGCUCUUGCAUUGCUGCCACUAUCCGUCACCAAAAGUCCCGUGAUCGGUUGCUCCCAUUACCGAUCCAAGGACUGGCUUCCUACAGAAACCUUGCACUCACCCGUCCCGGUAUUCGAGUCACCACCCCAGCUGGAAAGCGGAAGCAGCCGACAGUGCACUUGCCCUGCGGCGCCCCUACCGGAGCCAACGCUGUUCCAGCUGCCGUCAUACUCUGCCCCUGGAACCACCGGAUCGACACAAGCAUCAGCUUUGCUCGAUAAGAGGAUCGCCGCUCCCUCCCUCCCUCUCAGUGGGUCUGGCAGCACGGCAACGAUGCGGUCACCUUACGUUCAGCAUCUGCUUUUCUUGCAGGUUGACCCGAAUACCUGCUGGAGCUGUGUACCUGCGCCUGGACCGGGUCCUGCCUAUUGGCGCGUCGCCAACCGCCGCCCGUACGCACCACCGUCGGAGCCAAGUCCGCCGAGCCAUCACCACGAGGCCUGA